AUGAAAGCGCUGCUUUGUUGUUCGACGCGCGCCGCCGCCGCUCGACGAGACGGUCCCCGUCAUGACGUCCUCGUCCGCGACCGUUUCGUUCGCGCGCGUCGUCGCGCCCGCGCGCGCUGGGGCCGGAUCGCGCGCGCGCGCCGCCGCUCCCGCCGCGACCGCGCGUCGUCCGUCCGCGAUUCCCGCCGCGCGCGGGACGAUCCUCCGUCGCGCGAAGACGAACGCGAAAAUUCUUCGCGCCGUCGCCGUCGGCGCGACGGACGCGGACCGCGACGCGCUCCUCGACGCGCUCCUCUCGACGCCGCCGGAGCGCCUGGACGACGCGGUGGACGACGCGAGGACGGACCUCACGACCGCGUUUUACGACCGCGCGACGCGACGCAUCGACGAGCUGAACGCCGCGGGAGAGGGCGACGCCGCGGACGCGAUCGACGCGCUGUGCGCGCGCGUGAGCGCGCUCGCGGAGCGGUCGUUCGGGUCCGCGCUCCUCCCCGCGAUCGCGUCGGGGGACGACGACGACGACGACGACGACGACGGCGACGACGACGCGUCGACGAACGAGGCAGCAGGCCUGACGAAGCGCGAGGCGCGCGAGCUGAGCGAACGCUGGGACGCCAUCACCGCGAGACUCGCGGAAGAGGGGGAGUCGAACGCGCUCGCGCAGGCGGAGAAGAACCUCACAUCGAGGCGCGACGCCGUGCGCGCCAUCUUAGGGAGGGUGCCGCUGAAGGCGAAGGAGCUGCGGUCGCUGAAUCUGGUCACCGCGGAGCGUCGCAUCAUCGACGUGCUGCUCUCGAUUCCCCCCGGACGCGAGCGGUCCGACGCGCUGACGGACGCGCUGACGCCGCCGGAGGACGACGACGACGGCGCGGGUACCGCGACGGGGCAGGGGGGUGUGGGGCAGAUGUGCUUGGAGCGCGGCGACGACGGCGAAAGCGGCGACGUCAUGGACGCCGCGCUCGUCGGCGAGGAGGAGGAGGUGUUCACGACGCCGGCGAGGCUGCUGGCGGCGGUGGAGCUCGCGAUGAAGGAGGCGAGAGGGGACGACGCGGGCGAGGGGGUCGGGGAGGAGGACGCGCCGGGUCCGACGUUGGAGCAGCUCAGGUCGUUGCGGGAGGACGUCGCGGCGAGGUGCGAUUUCUUAUGACUCACAAAAAGCGAUGUGAUGAACGCGUUCGAGAACGAUGAAUGAAUGAAUGAAUUGAACG